UAACUAAUAAUCAAUAAAUUCAGUAAAUAGGGAAACGUAUUGAUCAAGCGUUGAAGUAAUUAACAAGACAGUUAAAGUAACCCAAUCCAUUUUUUCAUGAAUAAAUUUUCGAGUUUUCACUGGAAUUAUCUGGUCCUCUGAAGGCGUGUUGCACGUAUUUACGUAUCUGAAGUUGAUUUUCUACAAGUCACAGAUUUUAUGAUACUAUGGUUAUCUUACAAAUGAUGGUGUUACUUAUUAUUGCGGUCCAAUUAAAACCUACUUGCUUAUUUUAUGACAAACAAUUUAUUAUUUUGCCGGAUGGUAUAUAGAUAAAUAUUUGUACGAGAGACAGCGAAUCUUCGUCGCAAUAAUUAUUAGAAAUUCGCCACAAAAACUAAUAACUGCAUUACCAGCAAUCAGUCCAGGUUUUCAUUUCCAUUGUUUCUGCAGCACACAGAAGAUCCAUCAAUAAUGCAUGCUCAGAAAUAAAAAUGGAAAUAGCUACUCCAAAUAAUAGAUCGUUUCAUGCAAGUCUUACUAAUUUAUUCUGCCUAACAGUAAAUAGAUAGUAUUUGCAUAUCCUUAUCGAGGACACUUUCUUGUUUUUCGUCAAACUAAAAUAAAAACAAAAAAACUGGACUUUACUACACAACAUAGUAAACUGAACCAUUUAUAUUUAGCUGAGCAAUGGAUUUCUUAGGUUUAAUAAUUUUUGUACUUUCAUUCACCAGUGGCUACAGUUUAAGUGUGAGAAGCAUAGUUUGUAACAACAACGCAUCAAUCCACCGCGUUCACAUUGACGGAUGCGACCAGGAGCCGUGCGCGAUCAAAAAGGGGGAUAAGCUGCCUAUCGAAGUGGACUUCAAGUUUUCUUAUCCCGAAGUUGCGAGGGAAGUUGCGUUCCAGGUUUUCGCCCCAUAUUGGAAAGUUGCAGGAGUGGGAAGCAUGCAUGGCUCGGAUCUGGCGUGGGAUCGAUCAUGUAAAAACCUUGGACUGUUGGGCUGUCCGAAUUUAGCUUCUGGAAAAUUGCAUACGUUAAGGACUAACUUAUAUGCAGACCCGAAUAUGGAACCUGUAAUGUAUCUUAAGAAAACGGGCGUAGUGACAACAAGGUGGUGGCUGUCUCCUCAAUAUUUGUUUGAUACUUCAGAGUGCAGGUUUCAUAUUAAAAUGAACAUUACCAUGUAAAUAACAGAGUCAAAAAUAAUUACGACAAAAAAUGGAAAUUACGUUCAAUAAAAUUCAUUGUUAUUUAAAAGA